AUGGAUCCUUCUCUUGUCGCGCAGUGGGAUGCUCCAGGUAGCCCUUUUCUCCCUACCGUUGGCAAAGGCACCCAGUUCUUGGUCGGCUUCAGCCUGGUACUGAUUGGUCUCGCCUUGUUUGGUGGCUUUGCGCUGAACCGAUCUCUUGUGAACAUUCCCCUCAUUGGCGUUCCAGCUUCGUUGGCAUUGGCGUUCGGCACGGUCUACAUGUUCUGCGCGGUUGGAGUCUACGUCUAG